ACGUCUAAGGUCCAUAUUAAAUUAAAUCAAAGUUUGUUUUUAAGCAUUUUUGGGUAAAUUCACAUUCAGUGAAACUUGAUAUUGAUGUGAUUUUACGAAGAGAAAAGGAAGAAAAUCGUUUUUCGAGUUCAGGGAGACAUAAACUAAAGUUAUUAGUAUUUUAUAUCUUCGACAAUCUUCAAUUUAUACUAUUACAUUAAUCUAGAAAGUGUCUAGUAAGUUCUAAAGAUUUAUAUAGAAAUUUUGCUCACUGAAUCUUUGUUAAAAUGUCGUUACAGUGGACAUUUAUUGCUGGUUAUCUAUACUUUGAAAUUGCUGUUGUCAUCAUUAUGAUACUACCGAUAUUUAGUCCUCGGCGAUGGCAUCAGUUUUUCAGGUCACGUCUUUUCGCAAUGUUCCAACAGCAUGCCGCAUUGUACUUCUAUGCAUUUCUAGGCGUUUUGACUUUGUUUUUAAUGGACGCCAUCAGAGAAAUGAGAAAAUAUUCAAAUUCGGAGCCAUUACCUUCCCAUUUAUCAACAGAAAUGAAGGGUCAUGUCAAGCUGUUCCGUGCUCAACGAAACUUUUACAUCACGAGUUUUGCUAUAUUUCUAGCAUUUGUGAUCAAACGUCUUGUAACAAUGUUGAUUAUUCAAUAUGAGCUUGAACUUAAGGCAGAACAAAUAAUCAAACAAGCUGAAGAUACUGUGAAUCAAGCUAAAAAGGCUAUGCUUGAUAACGAUAUGCAAGUAGCAGAGUCUCAGAAUUAUAAAGAAUUGAAAAAUGUACUGGAAGUUACUGAGAAUUUGUUGGAAGAAGAGAAACUGAAAACAAAAGAAUUGGAAGAAGAGGCAACAAAAUGGCGACUCAAAUAUGAGAAGUUAGAGAGUAUUACAAGUGGAAAAGGUGAUGAGUAAAGUACUGUCAUAAGAUUUAAUACAUUAUCAUAUGAAAUAUUCCAAGAGAUGCUGCAUAAUAUGUUAUCAAAAAAUGCUUUAAAUAAAACAUGAUUACAUAAAGUAACAAUUUGAGAUUAACACAUAAUAUAUUGACUUCCAGAACAUUUUAUAUUUUCUUCUAUGUAAAAACUAAUCUUUUAUAUAGAAUAAAAAAUU